UAACCACACCACUUGUAGUGAAUUCAUUAAUUUCAUCACAAUAUAAUAUCAUGUUAACACAAAAAUUUCAACAAACUUCAAUCCUCUUUUGGCCCACCGCUCUCCAUAGUAUCCGUAACCGCACUACAAUAUGUACGUACUAUAUUUUCGAGGAUUUUCUUCGUCGUCCAUAACAUACGUAUAACAUUAUUAUUUAUUACGAAUAAUAAUAUGACACCACAUUUUAAAAAUGAGCACUUUUUAACCGACUAUAAAAACCGAGGCUUUAUUCCGGUUAAAAAAAAAUAGAUCGAGAGACUGUGCCCAUGUCCAAAAAAGAGCUAGCUGUGAAAUGAUGUCCAUUCCUCCUUGCACUACCCGCAAAUAAUCAUCACUUGCACGUUAAUCUCUGGUUGGGCUCCAAUCACUGGUGACAAUAAUAUCAACCGGUGAUGAGGUAUUGAUGACGAUGAUGAUGAGGACCACCGAUCACGUGUGUUUCAGAAAUCGUGUAUAGAUUUUACCAUACAAGCGAGACCGCUGGAGAGGUACAUGCCGAAAGACAGGAACAGCAUGAAAUACAAGAUAUGGCGGCUGGUAGUGUCGACACCGUUCGAAUAUUUCAUCAUGAUACUCAUCGUCUUGAACACGCUGUUACUUAUGAUGAAGUUUUAUCAACAAAAAAAAUCCUACAAGACUGCUCUACAUUACAUGAACAUGGUGUUUACUGGCAUGUUUACCAUUGAGUGCGUGCUCAAAAUUUUGGCGUUUGGAGUCAGGGUAAGAGAACACGUGCCAAGUAGUAGUAACCAUAUUCGAUUAAUCAUAUAGAUAUUCUCUAGAAUUAAAUAAAAUAAUUUAUCACUAUAUAGUAUAU